AUGGAUUUACUAAAAGGGUAUAAUGAUUAUAAUGAAUCAGAUAUAGAACGUGAAGAUGAAUCAAAGGAAAUUUCUUCCAAUAAAAAUGAUGAUACAGAAUAUAUUGAAAAUGAAGAAAAAAAUGAUAAAGACCAAAAUAAUUAUGAUUUAAUAAAUAUACGUCCUAUUAAUACAUUAAAUUGUGCUCCUGAUAUAAAUACGUAUGAUUUGGAAAUAAAAUGUUACAAAGAGAAAUUUCAAAAUAUUGAAAAAAAAAUUAUGUUUGAUAAUCCUGAAUUUCAUAAUAUUUUGAACAGGCCUCAACAAGGACCGAGUAUAAAUGAACAUUACAACUUUUUAAAAAAUGAAAAUAAAAAUCAUUAUAAUGGUAGUAUUGAAACUACAUUCGUAAAUAAAAAUAUAUUUGAUUAUCAAUAUAAUCAAUUUAAUGUAACGGGAAUUGCUGAAAACCCUGCUUUAAAAAAUUAUUAUAAAAAUAAUUAUGCUAAUUAUUUAGUAGCAAAAAAUAUAAAUGAAAGAAAGAAUAUGCAUGAAGAUUUAAAUUUUAAAAAACAUAAAAAGAAAAGAUCCAAAAAUAAUGAUGACAAUAUGUUAGAUAAAUAUAAAGGACCAUGGGAAGAAAAAGAAACAAAUAAAAAAGAACAGAAUGAAGAAAAGCAAGACUUAUUAAAUGAUAAUAAAAAAGUAAAGACUGAUAAUGAUGAUAAUAAUGAUAAAAAAAUAAAUAAAUAUAUAUUAACCAAGUUAGAAGCAUGUGCUUAUGAAGAAGCAAUUAAAAAUAAUGUUAUAAAGGAAAAGAAUACUUUAUAUAAUGAUAAAAUUAUUUCAACAUUACAUUUGAAUGAAGAGUUAGAUGAUGAUGAUAACAAUAUGGGAUUUUAUAAUAAGUCGUGGUUUCAAUUACCAGCUGAAUAUAAAGAAAGAGAUUUCAUGAUAGAAGAAAAUUUCCCACCAAAAAAAGAAAUCCAUACAUAUAAAGGCCAUAAAAUGGGGGUACAGAAAAUUAGAUUUUUUCCAAAAUAUGGAAAUUAUCUUUUAUCCGCUUCUUUAGAUAAUACAUUAAAAUUAUGGAGUGUAUAUAAAUCCAAAAGUUGUAUAAGAACAUAUAAAGGUCACUUUAAGGGGGUAAAAGAUGUUUUGUUUGAUAAUGAUGGUUCCAGUUUUUUAAGUUGUAGUUAUGAUAAUAAUGUAAUUUAUUGGGAUACAGAAUAUGGAAAAAUAAAAGGAAUAUAUAAUCAAAAAAAAACGCCUUAUUGUUUGUGUUUGAAUCCAGAUGAUACAAAUACAUUCUUAGUUGGAGGGGCUAAUAAUAAAAUAUGUCAUAUCGAUUUUAGAACAGGAAAUAUUGAAUUAGAAUAUAAUGAACAUUUACAAGCAAUAAAUACAAUUACCUUAUGUGAAAAUAAUAAAAAAUUAAUUAGUACAUCAGAUGAUAAAAAAAUUUUUAUUUGGGAAUAUGGGUUACCUGUAGUAGUUAAAUAUAUAUCAGAUGCAUCCAUGUUUUCAAUAACAUCUGUUUCUGUACAUCCAAGUAAUAAUUUUUUUUUAUGUCAAUCUAUGAAUAAUGUAAUAACUGUUUAUGAAGCUACAGGCAAAUUUAGAUUGUUUUCCAAAAAAACUUUUAAAGGUCAUCACAAUAUUGGGUACUCAAUUAAUGUAUCUUGUAGUAAUGAUGGAAAAUAUGUAAUAAGUGGAGAUAGCAAUGGAGGAUUAUUUAUCUGGAACUGGAAAAAAAUGGUGAAUUUUAAAAAUAUAAAAGCACAUAAAAAUGUAUGUAUUGAUUGUGUUUGGCAUCCAUUUAAAACAUCAAUGUUGGCCACAGCUAGUUGGGAUGGAACAAUUAAAUUAUGGGAAUAA